AUGAUUCCAUCUCAGUUUGAGUACUUCGCCCCGGAAACGCUUGACGAAGCAGUUUCCCUACUUAACGAACACGGCUCGGAAGCCGUCGUGCUAGCCGGCGGUCAGAGCCUGAUUCCACUGAUGAAGCUACAGUUGGCCGCCCCCGAGUAUGUCGUGGACAUUAACCGCAUACCCGGACUGGCUGGCAUCAGCGAAGAAAACGACUUCCUCCGUAUUGGGAGCCUCACACGAGAGGCCGACCUAGACAGAUCGGAGAUCGUCCGCGCCAAGUAUCCCAUCCUCCAAGACACAACAUCUGUCAUCGCCGAUCCAUUAGUACGCAAUAUGGCUACCGUAGGCGGCAAUCUGGCGCACGGAGACCCCGCCAACGAUCAUCCCGCCACUAUGCUGGCUCUGGGAGCGCAAGUGGUUGCUGUGGGAGCAGCCGGGCAGCGUGUAAUCUCGGUGUCGGACUUUUUUGAGGGGCCUCUGAUGACUACCCUCAAUCAGGGGGAAAUCCUCACGGAAAUCAGAAUUCCCACACCUCCACAAGGCAGUGGCGGUGCCUACCUGAAGCUUGAGAGAAAGGUGGGCGAUUACGCUAUUGCCGGGGUUGCCGCCGUGAUCACCGCAGCCGAUGGAGUGUGCCAGCAAGCGGGCAUCGGCCUGACUAACGCCGGCCCGAUUCCCAUUAAGGCAGGGACGGCCGAGGCCUUCCUCGUGGGCAAGAGGCUGGAUGAUGAGACGAUUCGUGAGGCUGCGCGGCUGGCAUCGCAAGAAGCUCAGCCCUCCGCGGACUUGCGGGGCUCCGAAGAGUACAAGCGUGACAUGGUAAGAGUGAUAGCCGGUCGAGCGCUACGUCUGGCCUUGGAGCGAGCCGGCUAG